AUGCCGGCUGCCUACCGAUUAGUCAUCCAGCAUUCUACCAGCAUUCAACCAAACCACCAGGGUGGGCAACACGCGUUUGGCCCUUCGAGAGGUGGGAAAGACGAGGUGGAAUUUGGUGUUUGCCCCCCUUUGCCGCCUUCCGACCUGGACACGCCCAGAAAGAACACAACAACGCCCCUGGGAAAAAUUAGACAGAGCCCAACCCUCGCAGCUGGCAACGGGCCGCUGGCAACAACCAACACGCACCCAACAGCAACCACCCAGCCAGCAUCCAAACAGCCAGCAACCGACAGCCAUCACACAGCCAGCACACAGCCCCUCUCUCACUACCUGUUACUCUUACUACGACUAGCCCUCCUCCUCUGCUACGUACGCUUUGCCGCGCAGCCGGUAGACACCCGAUCAGUGUGCCAGGUAUUCUUGCGUGUACUCUGCUUUGCCUCUCUCCCCGCAUCGCCUAUAUCUCCCCCAAUAUUUUCCCUAUCCCCAUUACUUCUACGCACCCCACCCCAUAAUAUUCCCGUUCGUUUCCAAUCUCCCGUAGCCGCGCUCUCUUCGCGCUUUCGCGGCUCAUCUUAUCCCCCAAAGACCUUCUUGUCGCCCUCCUCUCCUGUCCUGGCUUCCUUAUUCGCUAUGUGCUUCCCUCCCUCCAUCCACACUCCUGUCCUCUGA